AGUCUGCGAAGGAUCGGCGAGACAAGAUGAAGGUUGCUGUAGUUCUGUGUUUCGUGGCGACUUUAACUGUUGCUGCCGCCUUGCCUCCCCCUGGUGGCUUUGGAGGCGCCAUGCCCCCGGCAGCGGCAGGAGCCUUCGUCCACUCCCCGGCCAUGGUCCAGUCCUUCGUCCCGACGCCCGAGGAGAUCAACGCCCUCAACGCCCUCCACUCCACGCCCGCCCCCGCCACCAUCCCCGCCCCUGUAGUCGCUCCGGGAGCUCCCACGGCGCCACCGACCAUGCCUCCCGCUGUAGCCAACUUGGUGAAGAAGUACCAGGCCGCCGCCGCUGCCUUCAUGCCUCCUGCCGCUGGCGCCGCCUAAGGACCCUCUUCUGAAUUUGGAACAUUGGCUCGAUGAAUGGGAAUGUGCUGGGCACUUUCAUUACGGUAAAUAACAGUAUGCUAGUCAUAUCAAUAAAGUUACAUGAAUUCAA